AUGACGGACAUGAUUUUGCCCAAGGGCAUUGUCUUGAAUAGAAACGAUGUUUACGAGGAAAUAGCAAAGUACGACGUUGUUCCGCUAAAUCAGAUACUUGCGGCUUGCCAUGUCUUUACAACAACAUCUCGGGAACUUUUCGAUCCUACUGCGAGGCGGCUCGAAAACUUUUGGACUCGUGUCUUGGGCGGUGACCGUCGUUAUCUUCCAGGAACAGUGAUUGCACGACUCUUUAAAAGUAUCUCCGAGGAAGAAAGCUUCGUCAAGUUACGAGGCCCACCAAAUCGAUAUGAACCGCCUUCGCCCGACUCGAAAGUCGACCUGCCCUCAAAGGUUGAAGCCAAAUCUGAGACACCUGGGAAAGGGUCCUCUGAGUCGGCGCUGAAAGACAAGGCCGAAGCUAUGAAGAGUGCGCCAUCAUCUGCGGUGAAACGGCCACAUCCAAUCUUGAAGAAACCUAGGGGGCCUUCGCAUUCCGGGCCGCGACCUACAGCUCGAUUCGUGUCGCCACCAGGAUCCGAUGGCGAAGGCAAUGAUAGCAAGGAUAGUGAGCUUGCUUCAUCUGGGAGCACGGUAGUAAAUCAUAGUGGUGAUUCCAAACGCUCCACUAGUUCAACAGCAAAGGAAGAAAAGAGAAAGGCAACCCAUUCCACACCAAAAAAGAAGACCACUGCGUUUGUAGCUUCUACUGCUUCUAGAAGGAGACCUGCUAUGCCUAGGCGGAUUAGUUCUCAGUCUUCCGCCCCCGUGAGUGUAGCCGAGGCUGGGUCUAGAGAAGGAGGCUUUUCGCUCGGCUCGAAGCAAUCUGGAUCACACAGUUCCGCUACGAUAGUCCCAGAGAAAUCAGGCAAGGGACCAUCUUCGACCGUAAAGCAGGAGAAUGAGCAGCUGAGCGAAAAGGCCGCAGGAAAACGACCAGCAACGUUCUUGCGUGAUCUACCUUAUACUUCGAAACCAAGCAGUUCGCAGACAGGUACUACUGACAACCAGCGGUUGAUAGUCCAAGACGAGCGUGCUGAUGCAACUAAGUUGAAUUUUACAGCAGACAACACAAGUAGCGCUUUUCCAGAGGAGGCUACUACUAUGAGGGCGAGUCGAAGUGGGUCGGUCCAUAGGCGGAGCGACACGCAAGAGCAGCAACGUCCAGAUACCCUCCCGCUUAUGAGUCGAUCGAGAUCAGAUGUGGGCUCUACGCGACGUAGUUCAUAUGAUUUGGUUAGUGGCCUGGCCCCGCCUCGCAGUUUAAUAUCAUCGAGCACAACGACUAUCUCGAACACAACAGCGCAAGGAACGAUUAUAGAGUUCGAUGAAAAUCCACUGCUCAGCGAGAUUGCCAUAAGCGCAAUGCAAGGACGCGAAGAAGAUACCGAAAGUAGUUCCCGACGAUCUAGUAGCUCCGUGCUCGAUUCGCGAUUUACUCCUACCUUGCCAAAUCCAGCACCGCCUGUACCGCUCGGCCGAUCUAAAAGUCAACUUACCCUGCUCCUCGAGCGCAAGGGCGAAAAGAAACCUCGCCGGUAAUAGUUUUAUUGGUACACCGCUCCAUCAUUUCGCAGUCAGGAUUAUUUGUUUAACAGAAUACUAUGCAGCAACUAUAUCGGGUCUAAAAAGCGCUAUCAAGCGUGUGUAUAUUUAUGAAAGAAACAUCUUUCUUAAGAGUGUUUUAAAAGGUGGGAAAGGAGCUUCGAGAAGCAUUGAUAUUUACAUACAAUGCAUUGCAUCGGCGUUACGAGUUUAUCAUCCAGAUCAGCGUUAGGGAGGCCUUUUUUUUAUUUUAUCUUUGGCGGUUAUGAUAGUAAAAGUCGUUGUAUGGGAGCGUCCAUGUACAUGUCAUUAGAAUUCAUGUUCAUAUUCAGGCUAUUUGGUUGGAUAGAUGUGUCCAUGCGAGAAUGUUUGAUGUUGAGCUGGUGUUAUCGACGAAUGCUCAGGACUCAAGGUAGAGGUAGCCAUGCUUCUACUUUAUGGCAUCAACGGCCACUGAGAUGAUUUUCAGGCAAGCCUAACUGGGAAAGGAAUUGAGCGCACAUCUCCUUAGUGGUAACCAGUUCCUUUUCUCCGUCAUUACUGGCGCCUAGAAUACUAGCACUGGACUGGCAGGUGAAGUAAAGGCUUGCAGGUUCAAAUCUGUAUUAAUCUG